GGACAGCAGUGUUGAAACUGUUUUUAAAGAGUAGGAUGUGUCUGUGUGUGUGUUUUCCAGACAAGCUGCGUUUUGCUGAUUCUGUUAUAAAUAAAGUUACAGAGAAGUCUAGGCAAAGAGAAGCAGAUAUGUACCGGGUAAAAGAUAAAUCAGACAGGGCAACAGUAGAACAAGUCCUGGACCCAAGAACACGAAUGAUUCUAUUCAAGAUGCUUAGCAGAGGUGUGAUAUCUGAGAUCAACGGUUGUGUCAGCACUGGAAAAGAGGCUAAUGUGUAUCACGCCAGCACUGCAAAAGGCGAGAAUAGAGCAAUAAAGAUAUAUAAAACUUCUAUUUUGAUGUUUAAAGAUCGGGAUAAAUAUGUGAGUGGAGAAUUCAGGUUUCGUCAUGGAUACUGUAAAGGAAACCCAAGAAAGAUGGUCAGGACAUGGGCAGAAAAAGAAAUGAGGAAUUUAACCAGGUUACAUACAGCACAGAUCCCAUGUCCAGAACCCAUUAUGCUAAGAAGUCAUGUUCUUGUGAUGGGCUUUAUUGGCAAAAAUGAUAUGCCCGCUCCUUUGUUGAAAAAUGCCCAGUUAUCAGAGUCAAAAGCCCGAGAGUUAUACCUGCAAGUCAUACAAUACAUGAGAAGAAUGUACCAGGAUGCCAAGCUUGUUCAUGCAGAUCUCAGUGAAUUUAAUAUGCUGUAUCACAGUGGUCAAGUAUAUAUUAUAGAUGUGUCCCAGUCUGUGGAGCACGAUCAUCCCCAUGCUUUGGAAUUCCUGAGAAAAGACUGUGCCAAUAUCAACGAUUUCUUUUAUAAGUACAACGUUGCGGUGAUGACUGUGAGGGAGCUCUUUGAGUUUGUCACGGAUCCAUCUAUUACAAAUGAGAAUAUGGAUGCCUAUCUUGAAAGGAUAAUGGAAAUUGCAUCUGAAAGAACAGUGGAAGAAAUAUCCAAUCAGAAUAAUGUAGAUGAAGAGGUGUUCAAGAAAGCCUAUAUCCCGAGGACUCUGACAGACGUUAAGAACUAUGAGAGAGAUGUGGACAUAAUGACGAAGCUGAAGGAAGAAGAUUCAUCCCUCAGUGUGCAGCAAGAUAAUAUUCUCUACCAGACAGUGACAGGAUUAAAGAAGGAUUUAUCUGGUAUUCAAAAGGUGCCUGCACUCCUUGAAAAUAAUAACAAUGAGGCAGAUUCUAAUGAUGAGGAUGAGGAUGAUAGCUCUUACAAUUCAGACUCAUGUUGUAAGGAACAGGAAGACUCAGGGCAUCUUAAAGACCAGCCUGCUGAAACAGGUGUUGACAAAAAGGAAAGGAAGAAAAUAGUCAAAGAGGCUCAAAGGGAGAAGAGAAAACACAAGAUUCCAAAGCAUGUAAAGAAGCGAAAGGAGAAGAUAGCAAAAAUGAAAAAGGGCAAAUAAAUUCUGGUGAUCGUUUU